AUGCCUUCAUCAGUGCAACUCUUCAGAGAUCAGAAGUACCAUGAGCUGAAAGGGCAGUGUAUCCGGCAGAGACGGCUCUUCGAAGAUCCCGAGUUUCCAGCCUCAGAUGAGUCCCUUUUCUAUCAGUCAGCCCCACCAAGGAAGGUUGAAUGGAAGCGCCCAAAGGACCUCUGUGAAGACCCCCACCUAUUUGUGAAUGGAAUCAGCUCCCAUGACUUACACCAAGGCACACUGGGGAACUGCUGGUUUGUGGCUGCAUGCUCCUGCUUGGCUCUGAGGAAGACCCUCUGGCAGCAGGUAAUUCCAGACUUUAAUGAACAAGAAUGGGACCCUAAAAGCCCAGAGAAAUAUGCUGGGAUUUUCCGUUUCCGUUUCUGGUGCUUUGGAGAAUGGACAGAGGUGGUUGUUGAUGAUCUGCUGCCAACGAUGGAUGGGAAGUUGAUCUACUGCCAUUCCAAUGUGAAAAAUGAAUUCUGGAGUGCAUUAUUGGAGAAAGCUUAUGCAAAGCUGGCGGGAUCUUAUGAAGCCCUAGAUGGAGGCAGCGCUGCAGAUGCAAUUGUGGAUUUCACUGGAGCAGUGGCAGAAUCUAUUGAUUUGGUACAGGGCAAAUAUGGUGAGGUUAUUUCUGAGCAGAUGAAGCUGUUUGAAGACUUGCUGAAAGUGCAUAAAAGAGGCGGGUUGAUCAGCUGUUCCAUUACGGCUUCCUCUGGUGGUACCAGUGAAGUGGAGACAGCGAUGGGUCUUGUCAUUGGCCAUGCCUACUCAGUGACUGCAAUUCGGAAGCUGCGCCUUGGAGAAAGGCUCAUAUUCUCUUUUAAGGCAGAAAAGCUAUUCAUGAUCAGGCUGAGGAAUCCCUGGGGAAAAAGAGAGUGGAACGGUGCCUGGAGCGACAAUUCUGAGGAGUGGAAGAAAGUCAGCAGCUCAGAACGUAAGAGCUUGGGCCUCACUCUUGAGAAUGAUGGAGAGUUCUGGAUGACGUUUGAGGACUGGUGUAAGAAUUUCACUGAUGUGGACAUCUGCCGGAUUGUAAAUACCUCCUACUUCAGUAUCCACAAGACCUGGGAGAAGAAAAUGAUGUAUGGGGCUUGGGCAAAGAAUUCAGAGCCCCUGCUAAAUCGCUCUGGUGGAUGCUUUGAUAACAGAGACACCUUCCUUCAGAAUCCCCAGUAUGUCUUCGAUGUUAAGAAGACUGAGGACAAAGUGUUGGUCUCAUUACAACAGGAGGAUCGCCGCAAAUACAAGAAAGAAGGGAAAGGAGACAGUAUCCCAAUUGGCUUUGAAAUACUCAAGGUUGAGUAUAACAGAAGCUAUCGACUACACAAGCUGUUUGUGCAGGAGAGAGUAGCCACAUCUCCGUACAUCAACACACGCACUGUGUUCUUGAAGAGGAUCCUUAAGCAAGGCCGCUAUGUCCUCAUCCCAACUACAUAUCAUCCUGGCAUCAUUACAAAGUUUAUCCUGAGACUCUUCACAGAUGUGCCAUCAAAACUUAGGGAGCUGAAGGCAGAUAAGCCUAAAAUGACAUGUUGGAGUCUUCUUUGCGGCUAUCCACGCAGAGUCACCCAAAUCAAAAUUCACUCUGCAGAGGGUUUACAGAAGCAAGACAGAUCAGGUGGAGCAGAUCCCUAUGUGCUUAUCAAGUGUGAGAACCAAAACUUGCGCUCCCCUGUGCAACACGAUACGACCAGCCCUGUCUUCAACACACAAGUGAUUUUCUACAGGAAGAACAUUGACAGUCCUAUCAUUGUCCAGGUCUGGAACAGCAACAUCUUGUGUGACCAGUUCCUCGGACAGGCAGUGCUGGCAGCCUCACCCAGUGACCCCAGAGAACAGCAGACUCUGCAGCUCCGAGGGAGAGGCGGCCGCGAAGCAGCCGAGGUGCCAGGUCACAUCACUGUCAAGGUUUUUUCCAGCGAUGACCUCGUGGAGCUAUGA